AUGAUUGCUACAGCUGUUGAUGGCAACAAUUACAUUCUUCCAAUUGCAUUCGCUAUCGUGUCUGCGGAGAAUACUGACAACUGGUCAUGGUUCUUAGCACUUAUUCGAAUACAUGUUACGCAAAAACACGGAAUCUGUCUGAUUUCUGAUCGGCAUGCGGGUAUCUUGUCUGCAGUCAACAAUGCUGAUCUAGGAUGGUCUCCACCACAGGCAUAUCAUGUGUAUUGCCUUCGCCACGUGGCCAGUAAUUUCAAUCACAAGUUCAAGAAUGUCAUGUUGAAGAAGCAGUUGAAGAAGUUAGGAUAUACAACAUCGCGCUUUGACUUUGAUGCUGGUUUAGAGAAAUUUAGAGAAACAAGCCCUCAAAUAGCUGCUUGGAUUGAUCGCAUCCCGAAAGAGAAGUGGAGCAUCUCUUACGAUGAACAAGGAAGAAGGUUUGGCCACAUGACAACUAAUCUGUCAGAGUGUGUUAACAAAGUUUUAAAAGGGGCAAGAAACCUUCCAAUUACGUCACUUGUGCGUAUAACUUACAGUAGACUGGUGGCAUAUUUUUUAGAGCACGGACAGGAAGCCCGUGAGGAGCUUGACAGAGGUAAUCGCUUCGCCAAAGUCAUGUGGCGACUAUAUGUUGACAAUCAAAGUAAAGCUGCGACACAUUACGUAACAUCUUAUCACGCGCAAAGGACAAGAUUUGAAGUGCAAGAGUCGUAUAAUGUACGGACUCAUCGCGACGGACGAAAAUGGUCGGUUUCGUUAUCUGACCGUACAUGUCAGUGUGGUGAGUUCACUGCUUUCAGGUUCUCGUGUAGCCAUGUCAUUGCGGCAUGUACAUCGACGCAUCACGAUCCCACACUGUACAUAGACCCUGCAUACAGUGCCAAGAAUCAAUGUGAAAUUUAUUCGGGUCAAUGGUAUCCAAUUGGUAACGAGGAUUUCAUACCGCCAUUUGCACAUGCAACAGUUAUACCAGAUGUGUCUAUGAGACGUCAACGGGGGAGGCCAAGAAGUACACGUAUUCACAAUGAAAUGGAUUCGCGUGAAGGGGCAAUUACUCGAACAAGGUGCGGUUAUUGUAGGGUUGUUGGGCAUAAUAAACGAAAUUGUCCUUCGCGCCAGCAACCACAGCAGUGA